AUGGCAUCUUCUUUAUGGGAACCCCAGUCAUGGGAUUGCAGAGGAGAUGAUUCCCGCAAAGUGCAAGUCACUAUUUUGGCUUCUGAAUGGGGAUCAAGCAAAGGGGGACUUUCCACCAUAAACAGAGAGUUAGCCAUUCAGUUGGCCAAAUUCCAAGAAGUGGAAAUCACUUUCUUUUUACCUCAAUGCAGUCAAGAGGAAAAGAAGGUAGCCAUGAAGAAUAACAUAAAGAUCGUUGAGGCAACACCAUUGCCUGGCUUUGAUCAACUUAACUGGCUUUGCUUUCCACCUGAAGAUUUGCAAAUGGACAUUAUCAUAGGUCAUGGAGUUAAACUCGGUAAACAGGCACAAAUCAUUAAAAGAUCUAAAAGGUGCAAAUGGGUUCAAGUGGUGCACACAGAUCCAGAGGAACUUGGAAUGUUCAAGAACUAUUCAGAUCCAAUUUCAAAAGGCGAGGAAAAGCACAAGACGGAAGUAAAACUGUGUGAAAUGGCGGAUCAUGUUGUUGCGGUUGGUCCCAAGUUGAGCGAGGCCUUUCGCUCCUAUCUUCGCAGCUGCCAAAAAGAUGACAAUGUUGUUGACUUCACUCCGGGAGUAUUCGUAGAAUUUGCGACUGUGAAGCAGGCUCCUAGCGAAAGGCAACAACGCAGUGUCUUGGUGUUUGGUCGUGGAGACGUAGAGGAUUUCAAAUUGAAAGGAUUUGACAUCGCUGGGAAAGCGGUUGCUGAGUUAGAAGAUACUCGUCUUGUCUUUGUUGGAGCUCCAGAAGGAAAACACGAAGAAAUAGCAAAACAGUUGACUGAAUGUGGUGUCCCUGCAAGUCGCUUGAGAAUAAGAGGAUUUGUUCAAGAUCGAGAGAGUCUACAGCGCUUGUUUCAAGAAGUAGAUCUUGUUGUCAUGCCUUCAAGAACAGAGGGCUUUGGGUUGACAGGACUGGAGGCCUUGUCAGCUGGUCUCCCUGUGCUCGUCAGCCGCAACUCCGGUUUUGGAAAAGCUUUACACAGUAUACCUUUUGGAUCAACAUAUGUAGUGAACUCAGAGGAACCGGCAGAUUGGACCUCUGCUAUCAAAACAAUCUUGGUCAAGGACAGAAGAAGUCGGCUUGAGGAAGCAGAAACCUUGCGCGAAUUCUAUGGCAAGAAAUACAACUGGGCCAAACAGAUAAAAGAUCUCAUUGACACGAUGAUCAUUUGGGUGUAUGGUAUGGAUGCCAAUUUUCUUUUUAUGAAAAAAAAUAUUCUUAACACAUUGCACAAGGAAUAAUAGGAUGUGGACUCCAAUAAGAAUUGAAAAUACAGUGAAACCUGUAUUAAGCGGACACCCUCUAUUAAGCAAACAGUAGCCGAAGUCCCCAAAUCUAUUUCCCUUAUUUACUUUAAAUAAAACCUUUAUUAAGCGGACACGGAUACCUAAAAAGUACCUGAAAUGGUCAUUUCUAUUGUUGCCAACCUGUAUUAAACGGAUACUUGUAAUUAAAUUCCACCACCCAACAUGCUAGACACUGGAAAUGCUAAAGAUUGCUUCGAAUUGUCACCCACAAAUUUUUCGAUUUUUACAUUAAACAACGUGACUUGACAAACUUAUUUGAUUAGUUUCCUAGUACAGUAUUGUUUUCUAUUUCGUUUUGUUUGUAUAGAGCUUUUUUCACUCAUCUGAUUUCUUCAAAUUUGAGUUGCAAUCUGUGUUUAAGGUACUAUGAUCAAUUGGUCCACUUUGAUAAAGAAAUUCGUGCAAACGUAUAUCGUCAUAGUCUCUGGGAGUAUUCUAAACGUUUCCACCGUUCAUUUGAAUGGCAUUUGACACCUCAUAUGUCCUUAUCUAUUGAAACCUGUAUUAAGCGGACACCCUGUAUUAAGCGGACACUACAGCUUUCCCCGAGGGUGUCCGCUUAAUACAGGUUUCACUGUAAACAAACAAAACCAAAUUUGAGUAAUAUUUGCUGCCUUUUUGGCUGAGAUCGUGAAAAAAGGUGAUUUCUAGGUUUUAUGUUACAUGUAAGCAAACAAAGUAAAGUAAUAUCGACCCAAACCAUCUAUCGUAUGCUUUAUUUCUAGUUCACUGGCUUAUGGGAUUAUUCCAUACAUCAUCUGCAUUUACCAAAACAGCCUGCUGUCAUCUACUCUUUUUUAUCAACAGAUGAUUCUUUAGAUUACCAGAGCUCUUCAGAAACAAAAGGCAGAAUUUUUCCAUCCAGUGAUAGAGCUUCUCAGCUAACGGAAGGGACAACUGUAGACCCUGAAGGUAUCCCUGAUGACUUAAUAAUAAUAAGCUUUUUGAAUGCCAUUGCUGAUCAAAAGUGUAAGAUUUGUUCAUUAAAAUUGUUAACAUCAUUUGAAUCUGUCUUGGCUGAUGCAAGUGCGGAUGAACGAUAGCUACAGUCAGGGACACAAGUAGUUGACACACUUGCUUUGUUGCAUCUUUGCGUUUUAUUAUUACCAUUUAUUGCAUUGUUGCAAAAUAAACAUGCUACACUUGCUGAAAGUGGUGAGAAUUUAAUAAGUGCCCAGCCUCAAAUAAGCGAACACCUCGAAAAAGCGCCCACUCUCAAGGUCCAAAAAUUUAAUAAGCGCCGAGGUCGGUUAAUCGAAUAAAUACGGUAUUAGGGAGCUCAAGCAAAGACUUUUUUGAUCAGCACUACCUUUCAAAUUGACGUGAGGCCUUUCCCUUUUAACAUGCCUUGAAGCUACCAAAAGUGUAUUGCUAAGUGUCUUUGCUCUUAUUGAGACAGUUUGCUGCAAAAUAUUUUGGGCAUACCAGCUGCCCAAGAUGCAAUAUGUUCACUUCCGUUUGACCCCAUUGUGUUGUAUGUGAAACACUGCUUAAGCAGAACACAAGAUACUAACCAGCCUGCACUGCGCUUUGCAAAACUAAUCACAAGCUAACUGAGAACUAUGGAUUAAGCAAAUAAUAUUAUUAAAAUCUUGCUAAUUCUCUUAUCAUAAAAAAACUACUUGAUGUCAAUUUCAGAGGAUUUUUUUCAAUUAAUCACUGCAAUAUAUAGGAUGCCAAAAAUUAUCUAUAUCCAUGACCACUACAGCCCUACAAAACAAUGGAAAAUGUGAUUAUAAGUACCUGUUUUGUUUUUUUGUUUUUUUCAGCUUGGAAUGUUUUUCCAUCUUUACAAAAUUUACAAUGUGAUGCAGAGCAGGUUAGCAAAAAAAACAACCUACCAUCUGAUCUGAGAACUAUUGCUGCCAACAAAGGAUUCUUUGUUUCUGAUAACCAAGCAUCCGGGAACUGUUUGUUCCAUGCAUUAUCAGAACAAUUACAAAGUGUCAUAGGAAUUCAAAUCUCACACAAGGAGCUAAGAAAAACCUUGGUUCAGUUCCUCGAUGAGAACCCUAAUCUGGUAAGUUGAUGACUAGCCUAACUAACGGGCCUUCCAUGUCUGUUUGGCGGAUUCCUCCCAUAUGAUAAGGAACUAAACAUAUCAUGCUGUCCACGGGAGAACUAGUGAGUCGGCUCCAGCUUUAUCUAUCACUUAUACUCUUGUAUCACCCAGCUCGUCCUAUUCUUAAUUAGUUCAUAUCACUGCUUAUUACUUCCCUACACCUGUUCCUUAAAUUGUAUCACGCCAAUAAUUGAUUCCUUAACUCAGUUCGACAUUUCUUUGCUAAAAUAAAUUGGAUAAAAGCCGGCAUUGAACAUAACGAAGAAAGACUUAAGUAUUAUGGGAUCAAGACUAGGCUUUCUCGAUCUUCUUUAAAAUUACCUACCUCUUCGUAUUUAGCCUGAAAUACGUAAGCCUUGACAGCGAAACUUGGAGGGUAAUAACAACCAAAACAACCAUUUUAGGUCACUUGUCUUGGUGACGUCACACAAAUGCAUCAUGACUUGAAGUAGUCGCUUUCUGUCGCCAUCUAAAGUUACAGGUGACCCAGGUGAAUUUCUUUUUAAAAUCCCAGUUCAACAGUAUCAUUUCCCUCUGAAAACUACUUCCAGAAUUUUGGAGAAAAUCCAAAUAAUUCACUAACAGGGCUGCCUCAAGGCAGGCCCAGUUUACAAAAUACCUUCAAUUUUCUCCCCAGGGGGUAUUUCUAGGAAGUCGUAGUGGAGGUGUGCUGUCCAGCUCUCCAAAUCUUGACACUAUUUCAGAGCAAUAGCUAUAAGGUUAAUGUAAGGGAGUACUCCCAGGGAUUUCCUACGUCGAAAAUGAAGACUGUCAAUUAACAUUAUUAACUUAGUGCUGGCAAAGCAUGUUAAGUGAAGGCAGCUACAUCCUCAGAGACCCAGGGGCAGCCAGUCAGGACAAUAGAAUGUUUGUGGUGAAAGUUUACUACAGUUGUAUAAGAUCAAGAAGAGCCCUUGGGCACUUACUCUUACUUACUCUCGAAUCAGUUCCAGAAACAUUUGAAUUGCCUGCCUCUGAUUGGCCAGAAAUUUUUUUCUGGCCAAUCAGUGAAAGAAGAGCAGCCGGUUGACUCUACUGUUUUCUUAUGUGAUGUAGGUUUCCUCAUCUAUCACCAUUGUUGUGUAGCGUGUUUAACUGGGAAAGUUUCUCGAGAGAAGGUUCAGAAAAAAAAAUAAUGUUAACAUGAUUGCAAAGCUCUGUGCAAUCAUGUUAAGCUUAGCUCAGCUUGUGUGUGUGUACAUCAAUUGAGUAAAGACGUCUCUCAAGCGAUCAAUGGCACUUUGUUUUGAGUGCCUUCUUCAAAAGAUGGUAGGAUGGGUUGCUUUCAAGGUUUCUCUUUGCUUUAUGUUGAAGUGUAAACGGUUUAAAAUGUGACGGCCAAUGUCUCUCUCAAAACUGGCGGUUAUAAUCAUUUAACACCGUUGCUAUGCGAUAUAUAAACAAAAUGAACUACGAGGUAUAUAUAUUCACUUGGACAGUUUGAAAGGCUUCAGACAAAAACAAAACUUGAAUUUUAAUUUUCUUUGUUAGUUUUAAGAACCAGAAUUGAGAAGUGUACUGCUUGUUAACAAUUUAGCUGACCCUGUCAUGUUUUAUGACUUGUAGAAUGACAAUAAUUUUUGGAUUUUCUGGUUGAGAUCAAAUUAGUCAUGUUAUACUGUCAUGCCAUAUUUUGGGGGGCAGAGGGAUGAGGGAGGGGUGCGUGAAAAUAUUGCUAAUUGUUUCCUGCUUAGAAUGGCUAGCUUGCUUAUUUUUAUUGAUAAUGGUGGAAUUUAAAAGUUACUAUACAGCCCCGACUUAAUAAAUGGUACUAAUUUUUCUUGUUACGAAAAUCUUCCAAAAGGGUGCAAUGUUCACUCACAUGAGUGAAAAGAUCACCUCUUGGCAGCCUCUCGGCAUGCAAUCCUUGUUUUAUUUAAAAUUCACGUCCCUGCUAACCCUUGUGCCUCCCAGUAAGUGAUUGGUAUCAAAGGCUACCCUUGCAACCACUUACUUUUACAUAAACUUUAAAUAAACUUUCUAGCAGAUUAAAAUCACCCUGGAACGUCUCUACCUCUUAGACAGAAAAAAUUGAAAUUCUCUUGUUUGAUUGUUUUUGUUUUUUAGCACCAAGAAACAUCUCUGCUUAACUUUGUCUCUGGAUACGCAUCUUGGCAUGAAUACUUACAAAGUAUGGCAAAAGACGGUACUUGGGGCGAUCAUGUGGUUUUGUUUGCUGCAGCAAAUCUCUUUCAAACUCCCAUCCGUAUUAUCAGCAGUCUUGACCAUGAGAUAGUUGUCCAGCCAGAUCAUGCACUUGCCAAUACCAACCCUCUUGUGUUGGGACACAUUCAUGAGUUACACUAUGUCAGCCUUCAGCCCAGACAAGGUAAAACAUUCUUUCCAAUCAAAAACAUCUUUUUUUUUUGGACUUGUGGGAAUUAUGUUUGCCGAAUUUAUAUACAUAUACAGUAGCAGAGGUCUCAUUGCAAGAUGAUGAUGAUACUGUAAAUGUCUCUAUGAGAAUGAAGUUUAAUUUUUUUCUAAACAAUAAGUUGUCGCUGCUUAAUCUGAAUAUACUAGUUGGAUAAGACAGCAUUCCAUUGGAUAUUGUAACCUUGUACUAAAGUGAGCAAGCUCAAAAACCUUCUAGUUUGUGUCCUUAUCCUUGAUUUCAUAGUUAAAAAGGUUUUCACAAGAGAAAGAAUUAGAUGGUGUUAAGUUCAUUGUGUGUAAGGACAAAUCUUAGCAGUAGCAAACAUAACAAUAAUAAUAAUAAGCUUUAUUUAUCCAUCUUUAAAAAAUAUAUACAAUGGAUUUACGUAAUUAAAGUGAAAAAACAUAUUCUAUGAAAUACUAUUAAGUGAAUUUUUAAUAAGUUAUUUUUUCCCCCACUGAUCAGAAUCCAAGAUAUUCAAAUCUUCCGAGGAUGCAACUAGCAGAUCAGAGGGCAGUGAUGGUAACACUCACCAGAUUACAGCUGAUCUGCCAUCUAGUUCAAAGAAUGCCUCAAGCAACACAAAGAACCAAAGAACCAAAUCAAAAAGAAAGAGAAAAAAGAAAAGAAAGAGAGAAAGAAAGGAAAGGACUCCAAAAGAGUGCAUUAGGGACCCUCCUGAGCUUAAUAAAAUUCUCCCACCCUUGGCUGACAUUAAGGCUCCAAGCAGACGUUCAAAACAUUCUCAUCUUCCUGUUGAUGUUUUGUUGCUGACAGUGAAGAAUUGCGAGUUUUUAGCUUGUUACAGUGAGCUUAAGAACCCGUAUAGAUGUUAUUUUGAUGAUCUUGGUUAUGUGUACUUUUCUAAUGUGAGUGAAAGACGAGAGGAAGUUAAAGUUGCAUUGUUAAGAUGUUACAAAGGUGGUCCUGGUGGUUCUCUCGUCUCUGUAAAGAAUGCUGCCACUGUGCUAAGACCUAAAGCAGUUAUAUUUGUUGGUGCAUGUAGUGGUCUUCAUCCUGAGAAA